GCACCCUCUGACGAGUCGACCUCGCACCAGCAGUGUCAGUAUCGACUAGGAUACCUCGUGGAGAGAACAACGAUGGGGAGGCUGAGGGUAGAACGCGGGGUUGCUGAACAUACAGACUGGAGCAAGAGAAAGGGAGGCGAGGGCGAUAGAGAUAGAGAUAUGCCGAGGAAUAGAGAGGACAGAAAUACAGGGCGACUCGCCGAUUCUCGGCAAAUCUCGUGUUCAGUGCCGUAUGUGAAUCAGUCUUUUCCAUUGAGAACCGCAUGAACAGCCAGCCAACUUUUUGACGCAUAAACGUCUCAUUAAUCAUCUGCCUGAAUUCCUGCCACUUUGACGAAUUACUUUUAACAAUGAUGCCGCGAUGAAAAGUAUCUGGAAAUUUCGCGCUUCCAAUCCGAAGAAAGAUGGAAGCGGAUAUAACAUGUUGCGUACGCUACAUUCGUGCCUUGACUGCGAACGGCUUUAUUACGUAAUACUGAAUGCUAAAGUAAAGCUUAACGACUGACAGCCCUUUCACAGCGUAAUGCAUAUUUCGAAGAUUCCUGUGUUUAAAGGAUUCAGGCCUUGCUAUUUUACAUCCCUCGCUAUUUCGGAACGCGAGCGCGGAGGAAAGCCGGUAAUCAAGUAAUGGAACUCGGCCUUUGCGCGAAACGUAAUGUACGAGGAAAAUUGCACCUCCCUAUUGAAUUGUUGCAGCUAUUUCAUGUUGUAAUAUUUGAUGGUGAUAUCCAUGAUUUAUGUGAAAAAGAUGAAAGAUAAUUAGAUAAUGAAUGUUUUUGAAUUCUUGCAAACGUUUAUUUAAUCAAACUUUGAAAAUAAAAAUAUUAAUAAUUUGUGUCGAAUAUAGAUGACUGAUACCAAUAAAGAUACUAAUUGAAAGUGUUUACAUUACAGAUUGUUUUAUAAACCAUACUCAAAUCUUGAUUAUUAAUAUAUAUUAUACUUACAAAUUAUGCAAAUUUUUUUUUUUUUACAACAAAUAUUAGAAAAUUUUCUUCAACAAACAGAACAGGUGUAACGGUGAAUGUUCGCUAGGUCAAAAAGAAUUUAUUAUUAGUAGCUGAAAUUGUUAUUAAACGAAGGUGCAUUUAUGCAAAAUCAUUCUAUUAAAAUUAAUUGUAUAUUGAGACACGUAAAAUCGUGGGAACACUUGACACGACAACGUCAAGUUUGUUAAUGUAUCAAACAAGUUUUAGCCAUCUAAGCAGGUUAAUCUAAGCAGCCAUCUAAGCUUCUAAAUUAGAAGCAGGUGGUAGUAUCGCGCGAGCGUCAGUCAAUUACGCAAACAGGCGUCGCAAGAGCGUACGCGAUCUCACAUCAGCAACAAUACAUCUCGCAGCGUUUCUUCGGCUACCCAAGAAUGGAGAGAAUAGAUUGAAGGGGUACGAACGCGCGUACGUUCCUGUCGGCGCGCCGUCGCCGCCUCGAGGUUUCCACAUGGUCUCGCGUUAUAUCGAGGGCGAAUCGUACGGGCUCGGUGCAUCUCGAGCGUUCCCGUAGCCGGUUCUGCCUGUCGGUGCUGCCACAUGGUCGCGCGUCGUCGUGUUUUGCGGGCUUGGCGAGCUUUCAGGGGCGGCACCUGCGUGGUAGGGUGCUCGUUGGCUCACCCUCGGCGGUAGGGUGUCAGGACGAGUGGGAAAGAGGGGUGGUGGCUCGGCUAGGUUCGGUCGGCUUCGCAAGUCAUCGCCGACGUCUCGCGUCGGGGCUUCCACAUGGGUUGGUAUUGGCUCCCGGGGCGCAGGGUAGCUUGUGUGGCGGGGCUCUAACCGUGGAGAGAGACUCUAACCGUGGAGCGGAGAACGAGGCAACGUAGGGUAGGAGGGAGGGAGGGAGAAGGAGAGAGAGAGAGAGUUUGAUAGAACGCCGGGAUAAGAGCGAGAGGGUACUCGUCGGGCGGAUAGGAGAGCGAGGAAGAGAGAGUUCGCGGAUGAGAGGAAGAGAGAAGGAGGGACGGCUCUCGCCACAACACCCCCCGAAACGGGCAGAGCGUCAGUGCUAAGGUGGGUUGCUCGGUCGGAACAUUGCCAGAGAGAGAGAGACACGUCCUGGGAGUGCCUGCCUGCUGCACCGACACGACUUCCUGGUGCAGGACUCGCAGCGGUGCAAGGAUUGUGAAAACGCGCAUACCGAGAGAAAGAAAGAGAGAAAGAGAGAGAGAGGGAAAAAAAGUGUGUAUGCGUGUAUGUGUGUGUGUGAGAAAGAGAGAGAGAGAGAGAGAGAGUGAGAGAGAGAGAGAGAGAGAGAAAGGAGAGUGAUCGAGUGACAUACGCACGUACGUACUCACGCACGUACACAAGCAUACCUACACGGCGCUUCCGUAAUCGUGCGUGAGCACGCAUGCACGUAGUCGCGUGAAACGGUACCAAGGAGGGAGACGACCGAGGAGAAGACCGAGUAGUCGAGGGAGAGUUGAGCAGCUCGGAUUCGCCGGGUGAGCGAGAUAGGCGGCAGUGGAUCGCGAGUGGAAAUAGUGAAGCGCCGUAUGUCGGGCCAGGCAACAAUCGCGGGUGGCGCGGUGUAAGCUGAAGCGCGGUGGCGGUGGCUCGUGGUGUAUCGUGUCGCGAGCGAAAGCUCGGAACAACGGCCGGAACCAUGAGAGAAGAAGAGGUCGAGCGGCAUCCGACGACGUUUAUCGGAACGCUAUGUACCCCCGGAUUGGGGACGAUCCUGGCGUUUCGUCUGGUCGGGUAGAUGUCCCGGAUACGCGAGCCGACCGGAAGAAAGCUCGAGGAUAGAGAAGAAAAAGAAGCGGAGGGAGAGAGGUUAAAGGUGAAUGAUCGUCGUCGGCCUCGUGGAAGAGGCGACCGUCGCUUAUGCGAGUUACCGCGCGUGCCGCUUCGUCGCUCGCAAUUAACUGGAGGAACCUGAGACCGGCGAGAACGAGAAGAGUGAUUGAGAAACCGUGGGGAGUCGUCGUCGCCGCGCGCGAUUAUAUCGGUGCGACCGCAUCGUUGAUAGUGGUGGCGGCGGUGGUAGUAGUUGUUGGGUCGCACUGUCGGGUGGAACUUCCGAUCAUCGGCGCAGCACCGGGAGGCUGUAACCGGGAUCCGCAGUCGUCGACCUGGCGGCUGGCAGGGGGGGCCGCUAGAUUCCGUGGGGUAUGGCGAGCUGGAUGCCAGCGUCACGGAAUUCCCGUCCUACGAGCAUGACGAAGGUACGACCGACGAGGAGGUCGCGCGCGAGUCCGAUUACCACGAGCACGAUUACGACGAGCGUGGUGCUACCGAUGAUCGCUGCCAAUACUACGAAUGUUGACACGAGAAUCGCGCCGCUGCCGAGAAAUUCGACGACGACGACGACGACGAUGACGACGACGAUGAUGACGAUGACGUCGACGAUGACGACAAGGACGGCGAUGAAGAUGACGUCCGCGACGAGCAAGACGACGCCACUGUUGACGACGAUGGCCAAGUCGAUGAUCCUCGCCACGCUGUCGAAGACGCUGUUGAAGAUGGCAGUUGUGCUCGCCCCGAUUGUUGUCGCUGCCCCCGGAAGUUGCUCGUUCCUCGGGCCGUCGAAAACCUGGUAGCGGAGGCAACGGUCGCGCGUCUCCUCAAUCGUUAGAAGCAGUGCUGUUGUGCCGUCCGGAUCUCUUCCUCUCGGAGCUAUCUAUAUUCGUCGGUGGUGCGUCUGGUGGGUGUUGGUGUGGUGGUGCGCCGUCUACCGAUCCCUCGUGUUACGGGUUACUACUGCCAGCCGGCCGGCCGUUCGCCUACGCGUACCCGCAGUGCGGUCGACCGCCGGGUAACUACUGGAAGGCCAUUACCCGGCUGACGGGGCGCGUGUCGACGACCAGUUGUCGACACGUUACGAUACGUACGCGACGGCGACCGCGACCACGACCGCGUCGACGACGGUGACGGAGACGACGACGACCACGACGACGACCACAUUCACGACGACGACGA